GCUCCUUUAAGCGUCCACAGGCGGCGGAGCGGCCACAAUCACAGCUCCGGGCACUGGGGGAGCCCGAGCUGGCUGUGCCGGGGGAAUCUGUGCGGGCGCCUUCCGUCCCGGUCCCAUUCUCGCCGCGCUCCCGUACCCUUGAAGUUUUGCAGCGCCCCAGAAAGGAGGCGAGGGAAGAGGGAGCGUGAGAGGAGAGGGAGCAAAAAGCACACCUAAAACAUUUAUUUCAAGGAGAGAAGAAAAAGGGGGGCGCAAAAAUGGCUGGGGCAAUUAUAGAAAACAUGAGCACCAAGAAGCUGUGCAUUGUUGGUGGGAUUCUGUUCGUGUUCCAAAUCAUCGCCUUUCUGGUGGGAGGCUUGAUUGCUCCAGGACCCACAACGGCAGUGUCCUACAUGUGCGUGAAAUGUGUGGACGUCCGUAAAAACCAUCACAAGACAAAAUGGUUAAUGCCUUGGGGACCCAACCACUGCGACAAGAUCCAAGACAUUGAGGAAGCGAUUCCAAGGGAAAUUGAAGCCAACCACAUUGUCUUUUCUGUCCACAUUCCCCUCCCCUCCAGGGAGAUGAGUCCUUGGUUCCAGUUCAUGCUGUUUAUCCUGCAGCUGGAUAUCGCGUUCAAGUUGAACAACCAGAUCAGAGAAAAUGCAGAAGUUUCCAUGGAUGUUUCCCUGGCUUACCGUGAUGAUAUGCUUGCUGAAUGGACUGAAAUGGCCCACGAGAGAGUGCCCCGGAAACUUAAAUGUACCUUCACAUCCCCCAAGACCUCUGAGCAUGAGGGCCGUUACUAUGAAUGUGAUGUCCUCCCUUUCAUGGAAAUCGGGUCUGUGGCUCAUAAGUACUACCUUCUAAACAUCCGGCUGCCUGUGAAUGAGAAGAAGAAAAUCAACGUUGGGAUUGGGGAGAUAAAGGAUAUUCGACUGGUGGGAAUCCACCAAAAUGGAGGCUUCACCAAGGUGUGGUUCGCCAUGAAGACCUUCCUCACGCCCAGCAUCCUCAUCAUUACGGUGUGGUACUGGAGGAGGAUCGUCAUGAUGGCCCGCCCCCCGGUGCUUCUAGAAAAAGUCAUCUUUGCCCUUGGGAUUUCCAUGACUUUUAUUAAUAUCCCAGUGGAAUGGUUUUCCAUUGGGUUUGACUGGACCUGGAUGCUGCUGUUUGGUGACAUCCGACAGGGCAUCUUCUAUGCAAUGCUUCUCUCCUUCUGGGUCAUCUUCUGUGGCGAGCACAUGAUGGAUCAACAUGAGCGGAAUCACAUAGCAGGGUAUUGGAAGCAAGUCGGACCAAUUGCUAUUGGCUCUUUCUGCCUCUUCAUAUUCGACAUGUGUGAGAGAGGGGUACAACUCACGAAUCCUUUCUACAGUAUCUGGACUACAGAUGUGGGGACAGAGCUGGCUAUGGCCUUCAUCAUUGUGGCUGGGAUCUGUCUCUGCCUCUACUUCCUGUUUCUGUGCUUCAUGGUGUUUCAGGUGUUCCGAAACAUCAGUGGGAAGCAGUCCAGCUUGCCAGCCAUGAGCAAAGUCCGGCGGAUGCACUAUGAGGGGCUAAUUUUCAGGUUCAAGUUCCUCAUGCUCAUCACCCUGGCCUGUGCUGCCAUGACUGUCAUUUUCUUCAUUGUUAGUCAGGUGACUGAAGGCCACUGGAAGUGGGGCGGCGUCACAGUCCAAGUGAACAGCGCCUUUUUCACAGGCAUCUAUGGGAUGUGGAACCUGUAUGUCUUUGCCUUGAUGUUCUUGUAUGCACCAUCCCAUAAGAACUACGGGGAUGACCAGUCCAAUGGUGAUCUGGGUGUCCACAGUGGGGAAGAACUGCAGCUCACCACCACUAUCACCCACGUGGAUGGACCCACUGAGAUCUACAAGUUGACACGCAAGGAAGCCCAGGAGUAGGAGGGGGCAGCACCUGGCUGGGACCGGCCCCCACAUCGCAACCCCUCUGAUGGGAGUGGGGGGCGUGCCAGAGAGAGCUCAAUGUGCAAACAAAUGCUCGUGUCUCAAGAGCUGGGGUUUCUUGAACCAGCUGUCAGUUUGCCUCCUGAGUGUAGCUCUUAGAGAAGGAUUAUUACAGCCACUAAUGCAUUGUGUAUGGUAAGGAAGCCUCUGGUAUGACACAUUUUCUGUGAUCAUUGUUAAUUAGUGACAUAGUAACAUCUGUAGCAGGUGGUUAGUAAAUCUCAUGUGUUGGGGGUGGACUCCUGGGGGGAUGGUUUGGGCCAGAUGGGGUCUGUGUGGAUUGGAAUAUUUGCCUUUUUUUUCCUGUUUUAGGUUCUAGGAGAGAUUUUAACAUCCUCUGCAGUCCAAGAUAGGCUGAUGUCAUAGACUUCUGACUCCUAAUCCAUGACCACUUUUUUUUCCUAUUUAUAUCACCAAGUAGCCUAUUGUGUUAAUAUUUAAGUUGUCAAUAGAUAUGUAUCCCUACUUUUUAUGACAUAAUAUAAAAUAACUGAAUUUCAUGAGAACGUCUAUUGCACCAGGGGCAUUUCAGCUUUGAAACCAAAUCUGUAUAUCCAAUGCUAACCAGUCUGUUGGAUGUGGGUUUUAAAGAAAUGUUUGCUGAACUACCCAAGUAGGGUUUAUUGUAUUAAAUGACCUUUGGGUCUGAAAAGCCUUUUUAACCUUUUGCUUAAAAUGUGUUUUCUUUUGAUAAGAUGCUUCAAACAGCCUCCAAGCGUGUAGAUGCGAUCAUUUAAAUAAACCUGUAUGUACACGCAGAUGUGUGUAUGCACACGUCAUCCUCUUUGCUCCACCAGUACACUACAUGUAAAUUUCUUUUCACCUUGAUUCUAUGGGCUGGGGGAAUAGCUUCAUAAAAAUUAAAAUAUUUGCCAUCAAGUCAGUGUUUGGGGGAGGUAGCUAUUUCCGGAAAUAAGGCAACACUCUCUGUACUGGGUGGUUGACCUCCCUAGGCUAGCAGUGAAUGCUUACACGGACAGCAGCAAGGUUAGGGGGAAAAAGUUACAUGAUUUAAAAGGAGAUACUCUCCCCACUCACACACCUUACUUCUAUCUCCCAAGGAACCUGUCUGUUUUAGCUCUGCCAUUGGAGAGGCAGCAUGGUCUCACAGAGAGAAUACUAGGUGUGAAGUUUCCUGACAAAGGUCUGUCAUUUACCAGUGUGACCUUGUUGAAGUCAUCUGACCUGGCUGUUCCCUCACCUGCAAGCUGGCAUUAAUAAACUUAAACUGCCUCAUGGGUUGCA